AUGACCGACGACGCCCGCCGCCACUGGCACGGAAGCCCCGGCGACCGCUACGAACACCACAACGCCUGGGUAGCCGGCGGCGCCAAAGGGCCCGCUGCACGCGCCCCUUGGGCCUUGACACCAGAGAUGAUGAACAAGAUGAAUGCCCGACGUGAUUCCACUUCCUCCAAUACGAGCGGUAACGGCAACGCCAAUUCCAAUUCGCCUUCCACGCCCAGCGUCAGUGAACGCCGUCGCUCCAGCGCUGGUUCCGGCUCAGGCCUCUUCUCGAACUUGCAAACUCAGAAGCGCGAGCAAGGUGGUGCGGAUAUGGCCGGUCGCCGGGCGAGUUGGAAUGAACAGGCUGCCAAGGGGGGUGUCUUCUCGAAGCUUUGGGACGGAUAUACGAAGGGGAAGUAG